GCUAUAGCUUCAGCUUCAUAUUCACCUAAUCCUAAUAAUAAAUUAAGUCCAUUUUUUUAUAAUAUACAGUGUCCCUUCGCCCUUAUAACCAUUAAGGAAUUAGUAACCGCUGCUGUGUUCAAAGAGCCUCGCAUGGGUGCAUCAUUGCUCCGUCUUCAUUUCCAUGAUUGCUUUGUCCAAGGAUGUGAUGCAUCAGUAUUGUUAAAGGACACAGCAACAUUCACGGGAGAACAAAGUGCCUUUCCAAACGUUAAUUCUCUAAGGGGUUUCGAUGUGAUAGAGAACAUUAAAGCUCAAGUAGAGAGCUUGUGCCCUGGUGUUGUCUCUUGCGCCGACAUCGUAGCUGUUGCUGCAAGGGAUUCUGUUGUUGCUCUUGGUGGAAUUGGUUGGGAAGUUGGCUUGGGCAGAAGAGACUCAACAACUGCAAGCUUAAGUGAUGCUAACUCAGAUUUACCCCCACCCUCUCUGGAUCUUAAUGGCCUUAUCGCUGCUUUCCAAAAGAAGGGUUUCACAGUGGAUGAAAUGGUUGCUUUAUCAGGUUCUCAUACAAUAGGCAAAACCAGAUGUUCGACCUUCCGAACAAGGAUUUAUAACGAAAGCAAUAUAGAUCCCAUGUUUGCAAAAUCAUUGCAAGAAAAUUGUCCCCUCAAAGGUGGUGAUGACAACUUAUCUCCUAUAGACACUACCACUCCGAACUUUUUUGACAGUGCUUACUACACGAAUUUGGUUAACAAAAAGGGUAUUCUUCACUCCGACCAACAACUCUUCAACGGUGGUUCCACAAAUCAAAAAGUUUUGGAGUAUGCCACCAAUCCAUUUCUCUUCAGUCUAGAUUUUGGUAAUGCGAUGAUCAAGAUGGGCAACCUUAGCCCACUAACUGGCACACAGGGUCAGAUCAGAAAAAUAUGUAACAGAUUGAAUUGA